AUGACCACCCCGAGCCACGAGACCAACGACGCCAAGUCCAACAACAUCGUCGAGGGUCUGCAGCUCGAGCGCAACCUGGGUGCCGGUGGCGGCCUGCGCGGCUCGCAGGCGCAGGACACGCCGAGCCAGGACGACGGCUACACUGGCCAGGACCAAAACACGCCGAGCCAGCAGGACAACACCAACCAGGACGACGGCCACAAGGAGGGCGAAGAGGGCCAGCACGAGCAGAAGGAGGACAAGGAGAAGAAGGAAAAGAAGGAUGACAAGGAAAAGAAGGAGAAAAAGGAGAAGACGGAUGACAAGGACGACAAGGAAAAGAAGGAGAAGAAGGACAAGAAGGACGACGACGACCACAAGCAAAAGGAAAAGAAGAAGGAGAAGAAGGACGACGGCGACCACAAGAAGAAGGAGAAGAAGGAUGACGACGACCACAAGAAGAAGGAGAAGAAGGAUGACGACGACCACAAGAAGAAGGAGAAGAAGGAGAAAAAGGAGAAGAAGGACAAUAAGCACGACGAUGACCACAAGCAGAAUAUUCCUAGCGACACGCCCAACCAGGACACGCCUAACCAGGACACGCCUAACCAGGAGGAGCCCACCCCCACGCCGGAGACCCCCGUGCAGGAGGAGCCCACCCCUACUCCGGAGACCCCCGUGCAGGAGGUGCCUACCCCGACGCCGACUACCCCUGAGAUCCCGACGCAUGAGGAGCCCACCCCCACGCCGGAGACCCCCGUGCAGGAGGAGCCCACCCCUACUCCGGAGACCCCCGUGCAGGAGGUGCCUACCCCGACGCCGACUACCCCUGAGAUCCCGACGCAGGAGGAGCCCACCCCCACGCCGGAGACCCCCGUGCAGGAGGAGCCCACCCCCACGCCGGAGACCCCCGUGCAGGAGGAGCCCACCCCUACUCCGGAGACCCCCGUGCAGGAGGUGCCUACCCCGACGCCGACUACCCCUGAGAUCCCGACGCAGGAGGAGCCCACCCCCACGCCGGAGACCCCCGUGCAGGAGGAGCCCACCCCUACUCCGGAGACCCCCGUGCAGGAGGUGCCUACCCCGACGCCGACUACCCCUGAGAUCCCGACGCAGGAGGAGCCCACCCCCACGCCGGAGACCCCCGUGCAGGAGGAGCCCACCCCCACGCCGGAGACCCCCGUGCAGGAGGAGCCCACCCCUACUCCGGAGACCCCCGUGCAGGAGGUGCCUACCCCGACGCCGACUACCCCUGAGAUCCCGACGCAGGAGGAGCCCACCCCCACGCCGGAGACCCCCGUGCAGGAGCAGCCCACGCCCGCCCCCACGACGCCUGAGGACGUUCAGGGCAGCCACGAGACCGAGGUGACCCCUGCUCCCACGACGCCCGAAAUUCCGGUGCAGAACGCCCCUCCUUCGCCCGAGAACCCUGGCCAGGAGGAGCCUCCUUCGCCGGAGAACCCUGUCCAGCAGGGCAGCUACGACCACGAGGUGCCCACGCCCGCCCCCACGACGCCUGAGGACGUUCAGGGCAGCCACGAGACCGAGGUGACCCCUGCUCCCACGACGCCCGAGAUUCCGGUGCAGAACGCCCCUCCUUCGCCCGAGAACCCUGGCCAGGAGGAGCCUCCUUCGCCGGAGAACCCUGUCCAGCAGGGCAGCUACGACCACGAGGUGCCCACGCCCGCCCCCACGACGCCUGAGGACGUUCAGGGCAGCCACGAGACCGAGGUGACCCCUGCUCCCACGACGCCCGAGAUUCCGGUGCAGAACGCCCCUCCUUCGCCCGAGACCCCCGCUGUGACGCCUGCCGUGACCAAGCCCCACACGUUGGACUGCGCUUUCUAA